UACAUUAAUGCAAGGGUGUGCUUCAUAGAAAUUGUGUACUCUUCUUUAGAUUUUAAAAACAUGUCUGCUAUAAAAUGUAGUUUACUUCUCUCUUUUGUAACAGCAGCAUUAUUAGCUUAUUGGCUGCAAGACACAUUCCGGACAGAAUCACUCUCUGGAGCGCGAGUUUUACUUACGGGGGCCAGUACUGGGAUCGGAGAAGAAAUGGCUUAUCACUACUGUCGCUUUGGUGCUGAAGUUAUUCUAACAGCUCGGACAGAAGAUCUUCUAGAUAAGGUAACAGAAAAGUGUAGGCAGCUGGGAGCAAAGAAAGUGCAUUACAUUCCAGCGGAUAUGUCCAAACCAGAGGAUCCUGUGAAAGUAGUUGAGUUUGCUCUUGAAAAGCUUGGUGGACUCGAUUAUCUUGUAUUGAACCAUAUAGGAGGAAGUCCUUACAAGAUGUGGAAUGGAGAUGUUGAACAUAUGAAGUGGCUUAUGCAGGUAUCAUUCUGUUUAAUCUUUUAA